UUGUCAAUUAUGACUUUUCUCAAAACAAAAAUAUCAACCAAAGAAUAAAUUAAUUUCAAUAUCAAAAUGUUUUCCCUUAUACCAAAGAAAUCCUGGUUAAAGCCUAAAAAUAAUAUGUUGUGUAAAACUCCUUCACGCAAUAUAGAUCCGGUAUGUGGACCACCCAGAUUUCCCAUGUCAAUGGCACAAAAAAUUCUUAUUGGAGGCGGCAGUAUUUUGCUAAUGAUGAUCAUACCAAUAUGGGGUUUGCUAAGUAUACCUUCAUGGUCUAUUAAACAUCAAAAUUUGGGUAAGGGACGCAAGGAAGUAGAGUUGGAGGGACCCCCGGCUGAAUGAAAAUUUAACUAAAAUAUGGAAUAAUAAAUGUUUUAAUAAAAAAUACAU